CGUGUGAGUGUGAAUGUGAAGGCUGAUCUCACUGUUCAUUUAAAACACUCAUUUUAUGAGUUCGGAUUUACGCAUGCGCCGGAAACUGUCGAUUAGAGCAGAAAGCUCCUUAGAUGUGAAUGAUGUUUUUUUUUUUUUUUUUUUUUUAACUGCAUGCAUGGGUUUGGGCGGAGCUGCACUUUGUAACGUGGAUGUGAAAAAACGGGGAAGUUAGCAGGUUUCAUUGCUUCAGAAGGAGGAAACCAUUUUUGGUCGGUUGAUACGUGAACUUCUGCACGUAGGCUGUUACGUACGUCAGUAACGCUCAAUUCAUGCAAGGUUGGCUCUGGGAGGAACGCCAGCUUACUUCUUUGAAAUGCAAGCGACUGAGACUGACGAUUUAUCUCACGGGCUCUUCCGCUGACUCUUUCUCUCGUUUUCCCGCUGAGCAGAGCGAGUCGCGGUGUCCGCAGCUGCAGUCCGGACUCUCGGCUGCUGGAACCGCAAUCGCGCGGUUAAUUGGUCCAAAGCCGCGCGGUGUCAGCAUCUGACGCAACAGGAGCGCCUAUCCGCGAGGGGCACACUGACACCUGAGCGCUUUAUGUCUUGACUCGCCGGGUUGCACUUCAUCACGACCGACUCGGUUCUGCAGUGCAGGUCGCCGUGGCGCUGAAGCAAAGCCCCAGUGUUUGCGUGCCAUCCGCGGCCAUGCUGCCUCCGAAGAACUGCCUCCCGAGGAACUACAGCUGCAUCGCGGGGCUCUUCGGAAGCCUGACCGCGGCCAACCCGAGACUGGAGGAUGGAGAGGAGUGUGAUGUGAUGAACGGCUCGUGUGAACCCAUGGAGAACUCGGUGGUGGACGAGAGGCCACGGGGCAGGGAGAUUUUCCUCAAGACCCCGCAGAGCCCGAAUCUCCGCCGCAGGUGCAAAUCGCUCCCUACGCCUAUGGAGAGAGCAAAGUUGGAGAUCGCACGCAGUAGAAGUCCGACCAGUCAGAAAAAGGUCCGCUUCGCUGACUCCCUUGGCUUGGAGCUCAUAACUGUGAAGCACUUCGACGAUGCGGACGAUCCGGAGGUGCCGGAGCGCAUUUUGGCGAAGCUGCCCAAGGCGACGCUCCAUCACCUGGACACAAAGUUCCCUCGGGCUCCUGCGCACUCUGUGUUCAUGGAGCUGCAGUUCAUAAACCCAGGCACGCUACCCGACUUCGAGCAGAAGGUCAGAGAGGUGAAGGUGCUGCUGGAGACGGUGCAAACGGACGACUUCACCCUCUCCGGCUUUGUGCGCGUCUUGAAUCUGGCCUUUGAGAAAAGCGUCUCUUUGCGCUAUUCCCUAAACAACUGGAUAACGUUCAUGGACAGCUUGGCCACCUAUGUGCCAGACUCGAGCGACGGCGUCACUGACAAGUUCAGCUUCAAGAUCGUCAUGCCCACCUACUUAGAUAACGGUGGCACCUUGCAGUUCGCCAUUAAAUACUGUGUCGGCGGACAUGAAUUCUGGGACAACAACAACGGGAACAACUACAAGGUGCGUCGCCAUCGGCUAAAGAUGUCGCCACCUCGGGAGUGGGAGAAUGGUUGGGUCCACUUUAUCUGAGUGACGGGCUCUGAUUUUACGCACUCGGUUAGUGCGUUUUCUGCGCGUAACGCUCUCCGGAUAGACCUUAACGUGCGACUGUAGCCUGUUAAAUGUUUGGAUUCAUUUCUUCUCAGUCACUAACAUGCUGUGACAGAAAAAUAUUGACCCAUGCUAUUUCCAAACAGCUGCCCUGUUGUGAUAAUACUACAUUGACUGGAUGAGCCUGACAGGGUCCCAGCAGGAGGGGCGGGGAUGCGGUCUGAUAUAUAGCCUAUAUAUAUAUAUAUUUUUUUUUUUCUUUUUUUUGCCUUGAUGUUAGGGCUCGCUGAACUUGGCGCCCUUUGGGUGGUGGGGAGGGGGCAUGCUCAAAUGAUGUAAUAUGCCACGGAAAACGCCAUCUUCAGGCUUUACUGCACACGUCAGGAGAAGUUGUAACAUUUAGCUGCUUCGAUUUGGCAAUUUUUUGUUUAGCGCGCUUAUAGAUGUGACGGUAAACAGGAAGCCUUACUGCAUAGCUAUCUGGGUCCGGAGUCCCACAGUGAUCUCCUGCAGUAUUUGGAGGAAAACACGCAGACCUCUGCUGAAACAGAGGACGAAAUCUAAAUUAAAUAAUUCAUCAUAGAUUAUAUAAACAUCAGAGAUUAUAUGAAAAAGAUAUUUUAUGUACUAAAUAAUAAUUUCCUAUGAGAUUCUAUCAAGAAUGCCUUAUUCUAUUUGAAAUAUAGUUUUAUUUUUGUGCAAUAUUAUCACCGUUUGGACAAAACUAACUACUAAAUAGUUUUCCAUUGAUGUAUCCAGCCAGCAUUUGUGUUUGGUCGCCAUGUGAAUCUUGCUGUGGCUGGUUUGGAAACGAAAGACUUUAAAGUUUUAUUUGUGACUCUUGGCUGUGUAGCUCAAAAGAUAAGAAUACUAGGUCUACUGUUUUUUUUUUUUAAUAUGACCUAGAUAUUGUUAGCAGAUUUAAUCACAAUUCUUAUAAUAGACCUUUUUUUUUUACCCCAGAUAGUAAAUGGUACAUUUAUUGCCCAAACCUAGUUUUAAGUGGACCCUUGUGUAUAAUUGGCUUCAUGUCUGGAACCGACAUGAGUGAACUACUGACAAACUUGUUGUGCAAAACCAGAUGAGAAUCAUGAAGGUAUUACCUGGAUUUUUAAUGAAUAUUAAGAAAAUUAUUUCAAAUUUAGAAAUACAUCUAGGACCAGCUGUAGACAAUCCCAUUCGGGACCCAUUAUUCAGCACAGGUCCUUCUUGAAUGUGCUCCACAUGUGAAUGCUGGCUGGGUAGGGGUGAUGUAGUUGGGUUGUAAUUUGCCUUCGUGUUAUUUUAAUAUGUAGCAUUAAUCCGUUAUUAUUUUCAGAAAACAAAACAGUGCAAUUCUUUUAACCCUGUAUGAUUAGGGUUGUGUUUAUACACAAUAGGAACCACUUCUUCUUACCUGCUGUCUUGAAAAUGUUUCUUUCCACCCACUGCACUGCUCCAACAUGGUUGUGCUUCCAUUAAGGAAAACAUAUGCAGAAGCUGUAUGAGCAGUUAAGUGUACCUCACUUUAUUUAUGUACUUCCUCCUCUUCAGGUCAGUGGUGGUGAUAGAACAGAUGAUAUUUAUAGCAAUUAUUUUUACAUUCAAACAAAAGCGUAUUAUUGUAUAUUCACAGAUGGAAAUAUUUUAGAUUCUUGAUUGCACUGUUAGCAAUGUUUCCACAUAGCAGUUUUGUCUGUAGACGAAGUAGCUACUACAGAUGACUGCUUUAAACAGCUUCUGCUGCUGUAAAGGUACUCGACAGUCAUCACUUUGCAAGGACCUUGUCCUUUUGCACUUCACAGGAAUGACCAAACAAUGUCAGCCAUUAUUUAUUUCUGCAGCCCGUCUCACUGCUUGUUUUUCAUGCUGUCGUCACGGAUUCAUCUGAUUUAUGCCAUGUUUUUUCACGUACAUUGUUCCUACAGAUAUAUAUUUUUAUUGAAUUCUUUUUAACUUGGUCCCCUGUGCAAUGUAUGCACUCAGUGAUUAUGGUGAACAAAAGCUUGCUCUUUCCUCUGGAAUAAUGAUGCUUGAAACAACAGGAAGCAGAGGAGGAGGAACACUCAGCGUGCUUUUAAUUCCAGUCCUCUGAGUGUAGUCUGAACAUCACCUUGGCCUUUAUUUACAUCCCCAGGGCCUCAGAGGAAAGUUUUCCACUAGAAGAGCCCGGAAUGUGGAUGAAGGCUAUUCCUGUAACCACUUAGCUUGGGGUUUGGAGCUGUUUCCACUGUGAAUCCAUUGGUGGUGUUGGUCUUCAACUUUGACACAUGUCAGCACCCAAAGACUGAGGCUAAUAAUUGGCUCUGAUGAUGUGUGAGGGAGAUUCAGUGACAUUUGCCACCACACAUCUUUUUUAUGUACAUAGCUUCAAAUUACUGUGGAUAGAAAAGGUCUAGUCAUGCCGUGUUUCAUGCUGAAUGUCUUCCUGUUGGUGUUCUGUGUAUUUUUGAAGCAUUUUCAAUCCUUAUUGGUGCAAAUGGUUCAGUCAUCCGAUGCUGCAAAAUUAUAGGAAGUUCUCUGAGUCAAUUAACACACAAGUCUAAUUGUAGAGAUGUAACAUAUUAUUAUGUUUAGUCUUGCAGUAAUUGUGGAUGUUGGUUGGAUCCGCUUGAAAAAAGGCAUGUUCGCUUUGUUUCGAUGCAAACUGCUCACUAUGUGAGCGAUUCGUAUCACGAUCGAUGGGGGACGCAAGUGAGGAAAGAUUGUAGACUUUAUGAACUCUGGACAGCGACUAGGGACAUGUAAAGUCUGAAUAGAAAAUGUAAGACGCACUUUGGUGCUUGAUAGCUUUUUGCAUGAAUGACUAAUGAUUGUAGCUAACACUGAGCAGUCAGAGCAGGUCUUUGCAGUUAGAGGAGGAAAAGGGAUGCAUAUUUGUCUCUGAAAGUUUCUCCUUGGAAAUCUUUUCCAGCUUUUAGCACAUUGUGCUGCUCUUGUGUCUCAGUCUGUCUAAUGUAUUGUAACUUAAUGACACUGGUAUUUUUCUUUUAUUUAUCUUCUUUUAUUUGCAUCUUUUCAGAGCUAUGUGUUUUAACAUCUACACUGUGAGUUUCGUGUCCUUUAUUCUGUGAAAGCUCUUCAUAUUUGCACGUUAAGCAGAAAUGUACUGUCAUGUUUGUAAUGUAAUUCCAUACUUUGUUAAAUUGAUGCUUAAUAAAAGCUUUUGUGAUGGAAA